AAUCGAAUUAGAAGAGAUAGAAAGAGUUCAACUGGUGUGCAAACAAACUGGAAUACAGACCGAUACACACCUACUUCUCCAUGAAAGUGUAUCUCGACCAAAGAACAAAAAACAACAACACUUUUGAAUAGUGCAUGUAACUGCUGGCAGCUAAAAGUGUGAGAAAGAGAUAAAAAGUGAAACGAAUUUUUCUUCUUAAACACAUCCAACACAGAUAAAAACAUGGUCGAAUGAGAAAAAAGGUAAAACGUCGGACACUCUCCAGAAUGACGGAUAUACACGUACACGUAGUUAACUAUUAUACACAAGCACACGGCGUAAGCAAUGAAAUAGAAUAGCGAAACGAUUGCAGCGAUUGAAGUGCAGACGAGCGAGAAAGAAUGUCAUGUACAGCAAUAGUUCAAUAUCGUUCGGUUUAACGACGUUCAGUGGCGUUCUAUUUAAUGAGCGUAUUGGUCACGUACAGCAAGCGCACAACCAAUUUAUAAUAUUCACUGAGCGAUUUCGAUCAUCGACUCAACAAGAACAAUACAAUUUAUGCAUCGGUUCAUUUCGCAUUUUGAUUGAGAAAGUUGAGUGCAAGUUUUCGGUUUAAAAAUUCAAUUUUGUAUCAAUUUUUCUUUGAUUAAAGUAUGAAUAUAGAGCACUGAGUGGGUUUGUCUCGCUUGGUUCAAAACCAGUUCACAAUAUUUGGCAGAAAGUUGAUUUCGAAUGAAAAAAAAAAUGGUGAAAUUAUUCCUCAUUCUGAUAUAAAUAUACACGAAAUAUAGUUAAAUAGAUCACAAUACAAACAUUGAUGAAAUACCACCAAUAGAUAAGAUACAAAACGAUAACACACCGAAACGAGUGCUUCGACGACAAAUUGAAUAGUAUAACGGUUUUAACUGCGUUUGCUACAAGAACCAAAAAAAAGAAAGAACAAUUUUUUUUAUAUUCGAGAUUUGAUUUUCGUUGUUUCAAUCAUUUGUUUUCUCUCUUUUAUUUCUUCUGCUGUGAACGUGCUUUAAAUCAAACGUAUAUGUUAUGGCAAUGAACAAUCAAAGCUUUGAAGUGAACGGAAACUUACGACGUGCGAGUGCAAAUGCAAAAUCAGAAUAAUAUCUAUCAUAAGACGAUUUAGCUUAGUCACAGUCUGUGCAAAACAAUAAAAAUAUGUUAGAAGUAUAAACAAUGGAAAUCAUGACGCACCAUUGAUUUUUUUUUAUUUUGCUUAAGUAAUUGAGAGAGCACAGCGAGUGAUUAUGCUGAAGUGUGAAAUUCUCGGAAACGAUUUAAUUUGGUUCGGUGUGUGAUUUGAACGGAGUUAACGGUUGGAAAUAUUAUUAUGAAAGAAAACGCAACGAAAUGACUUUACGACGGAACUAAAUUUGAAGUGAAAGAUGAAGUAAAAUCGUAAUCACUUGAUUGUUUGGAGUUUUUUUCGAAUUCAAAAGUAACUGAAAAACUAGAAUAUUACUUGAAGAAAAGAGACAUUUUCUGUUUAUCGAACGGUGUUAAGUAAAGAGGAUGGAUAUGCGCGGUAGAUCUGGUGCUACCGGUGGCAGUGGCGGCGGUGGUGGUAUGCACGAUGUACGCGAAGACAUUUUAUUGGAAACGAAUUUCGAUGAAGAUGGCGUUUUAACGCUUGCUCAUGCAACCAAUCAACCGUCGAUCGGUCAUCAUCGAUCGAAAAUUACAAAUGGUGAAAAUCCAUUAUUGCAACGAACGCGACGUAGUCUUUAUCGAUCGGACACAUCGAUCGAUCGUUAUAGCGAAUAUUCGUUGCAUGGACGACGUGAUCCAGGAAAUUGCUGUAGAUCAUGUAUGACACGAAUACCAUACGCAACAAUGAUUGCGACGGUGAUGUGUUUGAUUGGUGUGGCGAUAUUUUGCACAUCAAUGUAUCGUGGAGCAUCGCUGAUGAUUAUCAUGUUUGAUCGUGUAUUUCGCUUUCGAAUCUUUUGGAUUGAAGCCGUACAAAUGAUAUUCGUUACGAUUGGCGCAUCAAUGGCCGGCCUCGGAUUUAUGAUAUUAUUUGUUGGAUGUUUGGCCACCGGUUCAACGCGAUACAAAGUCUAUCGAGCAUGGCGAUCACGUGUUGGCGGCCGUAUUUCAUGUGCAGUUUUCAUGGCGAUUACCUAUAUAUUGACAAUCAUUUGGACGAUAAUGUUUUGCUUCUUGUGCAUUGUAACAUUUGUGUACACGAUAUUUUGGCAAAUGUGCAACGAAAACAGUCAUGAAAAUCCACGCGAAUGCUUAAUUGAUUUGGUCCAGUUUCAUUUCCUAUUCCCGGCCGGAUCCCGUCAACAAGAUAUGAAAGUAUGCGAUAAAUUCCAAAUCAAGGCGUUCUGCAAGGAUGGCGUUGAACCGGCCGAAACAAUGUUUAUAAUAGCGACCAUUUCGUGUUUGUUAAUCAUUUUAAGUUUGGUACAUUAUUUAAUGUGCUUGUCCGCUAAUUAUGCGCAUAUACGUGAUCAUGAAAAAUUCCAAGAGCUGCAGGAAAUUCAAAAUCUCAACGAUAUGGAAUACAGUGCGGCGUCAAAAGAACGUUUCUAAGCGUAUCGCUGCAAUUAAUACCAAACACGUACAAAAAUAUACAUACACCGAGAUAUUUAGUAUAUGUUCCGGAUCAAAGAGAUUUUUUUUAUUCCAAUUUUUUUUUUGUUUUCAAUC